UAGUUAAAACAAUUAAUCAAAACUCACAUGAGCCUUUGACAAAAAUGACGUUUGCAUAUCUCAUGUAAUUUCGCUUUCUUUAAUACGCCGUGUUCAUUCAAUCCUAAGCCGUUAUUUAGUUAUUUUAACCUAAUUUGGAAAAUGGCUUUGGACGGAAUAUGCGCGUUUCUAUGUUUGGCAAUUUCUCUACAAUCAUUGGACGCUUCAAUCGCCGACUUACCGUUCCGAAACGUCUCUCUGCCGUGGAACACGCGCGUGGAUGACCUGGUGGGGCGCCUCACGCUUCCGGAUGUUAUGUUCCAAAUGGCAAAAGGCGGCGAGGGAGACCAGGGAGGUCCCGCCCCAGCCAUCCCACGCCUCGGUAUAGAACCGUGGGCGUGGAAUACCGAGUGUCUCCGAGGAGAUGCGGGAGCCGGCGAGGCGACGGGCUUCCCUCAGGCCAUAGGGCUAGCGGCGGCAUUCAAUCCACAGUUGAUAUUUGAUGUUGCAAAGGCCACUGGGGUUGAGGUACGUGCAAAGCACAAUGACUAUGUGAAGCACAAGCAGUAUGGGGACCAUAAAGGCCUGAGCUGCUUCAGUCCAGUCAUCAAUAUCAUGAGACAUCCACUGUGGGGCCGCAACCAGGAGACAUACGGUGAAGACCCGUACCUGAGUGGCGAGUAUGCUGCCAACUUCGUUAAGGGUCUACAGGGGGACCACUUCAGAUAUGUUCAGGCAAAUGCCGGCUGCAAGCACUUUGACGUCCAUGGAGGGCCAGAGAACAUCCCUCAAUCAAGAUUCUCAUUUGAUGCUAAGGUUACAGAUCGUGACUGGCGCCUUACCUUCCUGCCCGCCUUUCGCCAGUGCGUCCUCGCAGGCUCAUACAGUCUCAUGUGCAGCUUCAACAAAAUCAACGGUGUGCCAGCCUGCGCUAACCGGAAGUUGUUAACAGAAAUAACACGUGACCAGUGGGGUUUCCAUGGUUACGUGAUAACCGACCAGGAAGCGCUUGAGAACAUCGUGUUGUUUCAUCACUAUGCCAACACGAGCAUGCAGGCCACCAUAGACGCCAUCACUGCUGGGUUAAAUAUAGAACUGACCACGAGCAGAAAAGACCCAUACUUCUUUACAAUGAUUGAUGCCAUCAAGCAGGGGAAGCUGUCCGAGACGCUGGUCCGUGAGCGCGUCAAACCCCUCUUCUAUACGCGCAUGCGCCUGGGCGAGUUUGAUCCCCCGGGACUGAAUCCGUACCUACGUUAUAAUCUCUCCCUCGUCCAGAGCGAUGAGCAUCGGGCCCUCGCCGUCAAGGCGGCCAUGCAGACGAUUGUGCUACUCAAGAAUACGAACGGACUGCUUCCAAUCAAGAAACAUUUCAACACUAUAGCGGUGAUAGGUCCUAUGGCGGACAACCUGGUACAGCAGUAUGGUUCUUAUGCUGCGGAUGUAUCUGCCAAAUACGCGCGGUCACCGUUAGCGGGACUGCGGCCAAUGGCAGACACCGUCAACUUCGCUGCUGGUUGUAACGACAACAAAUGCGCCAACUACUCAGCGCCGGAUGUGCAGAAGGCGAUGAAAGGCGCGCAGCUUGUUGUCAUUUGCUUGGGCACAGGCUGGUUGGUGGAGGGGGAGGGAAAUGACCGCGCGGACAUGAACCUGCCAGGGAACCAAUCCAAGCUGAUCACGGACGCCAUCAAAUACGGCGGCGGCUCCCCAAUUUUACUUCUUGUGUUCAGUGGCGGUCCGUUGAACAUCAGUGCGGCGGACCGGGAGCCGCGUGUCUCCGCCAUCGUACAGUGCUUCUUCCCUGCACAGGCGACCGGGGACGCCAUCUAUAAUGUGAUCACCAUGGCGACGAAAGACGCCAGCCCGGCCGCGCGCCUCCCGUACACGUGGUACGACACAGCGGACCAGAUUCCAUCCAUGACGAACUACUCGAUGACGGGACGGACAUACCGCUACUUCCAGGGCGCGCCCCUCUACCCCUUCGGCUACGGUUUAUCGUACACGAAGUUCCGUUACGUUGGUGUGGAACUGAUCCCUGUUAUUCUAGCCGGUGAUGACCAGUAUGUGUAUGGGCAGGUCAUGAACACGGGGGCCGUGGAUUCGGACGAGGUCGUGCAGCUGUACAUAUCUUGGCGGUCCACGAACCAGACGAUGCCACGCCUCCAGCUGGCGGGAUUCUCGCGCAUCCAUAUCCGGACUGGCGAGAGCCAAGAGUUCAAAUUUACCGUCACUGCCCGGCAGCUCGCAGUGUGGACGGACGACAAGGGCUUCGUCGUGGAGCCUGGAGUUAUUGACGUGUAUGUGGGAGGCCAGCAGCCCAACCAGCGGCGGACCGUCCCCUCCAACGUGUUAAAUACGCACUUCCAGAUUGAUGGACAGGCUGUCAUUGGGCCCAGCUAACGUUCCGGGAGCUACGAUGGAUACGGGUUGGGACAUGGAGGGACGAUAAUCUGAGAUAGAGAUAGCAAAUAGUUCCUGGCGGUUAUCAUGGCUUGAAAUGUGAACUAUUAUAUGAAAUGAUUAUAUAAAUAUAAUAUGAAUAGACAUAACCUUUCAGCAACAUGAUUAUAAUUGUGUGGGGGGGGGGGGGGGCGUGCGCGUGGGUGCGUGCUUGCGUGCGUGCGUGCGUAAGUUCUUGUCAGCUUUUGUGUGUGUGAUUGGUGUUCAAGUGUUCUAGGUUUUUCGUCUCAUAUAUAUAUAUAUAUAUAUAUAUAUAUAUGAGUGACAUAAUUGUGUCUUUGAGUAGUGCUGUAUCUGAAAAUCAAUAUAUUAUAUUGAGUCUGCAUCUUAUCUUUGAAAUAAAAAUAAAAACCUGUCUGCAGAGAAUAUGAGAUUGAUGAAGCUGUUGAAUUAUUACGCCAUUAUUGAUUGAUAUUUGAUUAAUUGAUCUUUGAUGUGGGAUAUGAACAGUUUCAUUCACGAAGGAAUGCAUUUUUAUAAAUAUCGCAUUUUCAUAUCUGCUCCGCUGCCAUGCAAGGUCAGUGUUUAUAUAGCAUACAUAUAGUUCAUUGUCAACAUAUUAUUGUUCCUUUGAUCAUAACUGAACUUUUAAAUAUUCGUAGAAGGUGUUAGUUUGCGCGAGUUUUGAACAAGUAUGUGACUGUAUCGAUAAACACAGGCUGGGUCAGUGGUCAUUUUGGUAAAUGUAUACUAUUUACUUCUAACCAUUUCUUAGUACCAGUUGCAUAUUUUUGCGAGCAAACACAAUCGCAAGCUUCUAACUGUCCACUGUUUGAUUGUUUUUCCUUUGUUCGGCAAACGGCCUUAGUGAAGAACGCCGACGAUGUGGACUUUCAUUUAAACUGCAAACAACAAGAUAACUGGCAUCAUUUAUAUGCUAUAUACCCUCACAGCAGUUAACAUUCCAGCACAGCCAUAACGCUUAUUUACAUCGUAUUUGUAAAAUAACUUGUCCUUACAUAUUUAUCAAUAAAACUUUAAAAAACA